GUCAGCUGUGACUCGAAAGGUUUCAUUCGUAGACAUCUACCGCUGAAAAACUAUUCUAGGAGGUUCCACUAUGGACAAGAAUUCUACAAGAUAUAAUGUACAGUUAUAUAUUUAUGAUUUAUCAAGGGGAAUGGCACGCAGCCUCAGUCCUAUCAUGCUGGGAAAGCAACUGGAUGGCAUAUGGCACACCGCCAUAGUGGCGUAUGGGGAUGAGUUCUUUUUUGGAGGAGAAGGAAUCUCCACCUGUUCACCUGGCGGAACAAUGCUGGGACCUCCAGACACAGUUGUGGAACUCGGUGAGACCGAAGUCUCAGAGGAGAUCUUCAUGGAAUAUCUCUCGUCCUUGGGAGAAAGCACUUACAGAGGUGACAGGUAUCGACUGUUUGAGCACAAUUGCAAUACGUUCACCAACGAGGUCGCUCAGUUCCUAACAGGCAUGCCCAUCCCCUCCUACAUCACUGACCUCCCGUCCGAAGUCCUCGCCACACCGUUUGGCCAGAUAUUGCGGCCCAUUCUGGACUCCAUCCACAUCGCCCCCCCUGGCGGCAACAUCAUCAACGGAGGGAGAAACAUCUAAAUUGAAGGAGCAAUGCACUCAUAGGCUCACUUCCAUUGGAGUCAGGCAGCUAAGAGUCAGCAACACAAAUUUCUUUUCACUUCUUCUUGCCCCCUUCAACAAGUAUAGCCAGUUAUUACUGAACUCUGGAAUUAAGACCUGGUGCCAUACGUCUUUGGAAAAUAAGGCAAUACUAAGCCUUCAAGUGAGAGGCAGCAAUAUAGAUCGAGUUAACUUGUCACUUACCAAAACAUUAGGUACACCUGCACAAUCUAGUGAGAUCCAAUACAAGAGUUGUAUUAAACAAUCUGCACUCAUGUUUAGUGUCACUGUGAGAAAGGUAUGAAUUUAACAAUAUUUUUAUUAUUGUGCUUGUAGUUUGUAGAACUGCACUGCAUCAUACCAAGAAGUGUUUUGUAAUAUUUAAGGUGUGUCAGAAAAGCUCCAGGCGGGGUGUCACAAAAGGUAUAUGUUAAAUCCAAACUACAGACUGCAAGUUUUCUCCUUGGAGUCUCACGCACUUUUGCAGCCUUCUAAGCCACGCCUUUAUGCACUCCUGGAAGGCUUCUUCUGGGAUCCUCUGCAGCUCCGUUGCCACGGUGUCCAUGUCUUUAAAACGGUCGCCUCGAUGAUCCCCUUGAACUUGGGAGGUUGCCCCACUACAGCGAUGUUCUUCUUGGCCAGGAACUGUCGAAUGCUCAGGGCAUUGUGAGCCGGCGCAUUGUCAUGCUGAAGCAGCCAUGAGUUUUUCCUGCCGGAACUCUCUUCUCGCGCACUGAACGAAGCAGACCCCACAGGAUCUCCUUGUCGACGUGCAAGUUGAUCGUCUGGCCCACAUUGAAGGGGGAAACUCAAUUGAGUUUGAAAUAUUUCUUUUGUGACACCAGUCCUAGAACCUUUCUGACAAACCUUGUAUUUACAGUACUUUUAUGGAUAUCCGUAAGUUGUGUAGGUGUGCCUAAGACGACCAAUCAUACAUCCUGAUAUUUUACCAUUAAAAACCAUAUAACUGCGCGUUUUGAAUGACUUCCAUUUUAUAGCUGUGAUUGAGCCACAUACAUGCAGCUUCAGAAGAACCUUUUGCACAGUGGUGUACCAAGGUAGAUUAGCGCUUUAUACAAUUUGGACCGAAGUACAACAUUGUUGAAGCAACAUAAUUCAUACGGUGUCAGUUGUGAGACUUCUGCUGCUGACUUCAAUGGAACAAAUUUAUUUCAGAGACAUCUUUAAUAUAUCUUUAAUAUAUUGUUUUAGGAACACAACUUUAAAAUCUUGAGUCCAUUUUAUUAUACAACCUUUCUUUAGGUAAUUUUCCAUCACAGAUCCUUUUGUACAGUUUGAUUCAACCCAAUAUUUGCCGCCUUCUCACCUUGCGCUAUCAUUCCUUUUGUUACACAGUUCUUUACAAUGUAAGCGUAUAGUUGAGUUGACGCGGCAGCCACUGCAGUUUUGGAACACACCCUGAAACUAAACAACCUCUUAUGGUGCAGCAUUUAGUUUUAAAUAUCUAAUAACGUCAUCAAAACCCCUCUUUAUACACCAGAGGGUGUGUGCGUGCGUGCGAGUGCGAGUGUGGUGCUCCAAUUCUGUGCCUUCAUUUCCCUCUGUUUUGCUGAAGAACUUGACAUGCCUGAUAACAUUUAUUCUUAGACGUGCUAGGUGAGUGUAAAAGCUUUGGAGGUGUUGGGGGAGCUCGAACUGUAGGCUUCUAAAUACACAUCGGUAGAAACCAACUGAAAACAGCAACAUUCUCAGCCUAUAAUCCCAGUGCCCAGUCAUCUCUAAUGCCACCAGAAUGAACACUUACUUCAUUCUCAUUUGUGGAGAACGGAUGGAUGACGUAAAUUAUGAGGCGAGUAUGAGGUCACAUGACACUGUGUGAGUAAAGAAAAACAAGACUGAUUCAACCAGCAUUCUGUAAGAACUUCAAGAAACACGUUACCUUUGCAGCCAGUCGUCAACGUAUUGCAGCCAUUACCUGUUUUUUCCUUUCAAAAUGUUAUAUUCUGAAAUGCUCUUAUGAUACCCAAUUAACUGACAUGUUAACCUGACCACUGAAAUGUGUUAUACGUCUUGUUUUGGCGCUUUAUGUCAUUGUAAGAAAUCCUCUUAUCCUUUUAAAACACAACAGAUAUUUAUAGAUAUUGCAAAUUGUUGCUAUCGUUUGUGUGAUUGUUUUUGUUACUUGACCGACGCAUAAAGCCAUUGACGAUA